AUUAGUCCAUAUUUUUGCAUAUUUAAGUGCCUAUUUUUUGUUUAUUUUCGUAGUAUUAAUCGCUUAUUUAUUUUAUUUCAGGAAAUUGUAGAUAAAUAAAGAAAAAAGAGAAAAUGCAAGAAAAAGAAGAAAAAGAAAAGAAAAGAAGAAAAUCAAAGAGAGUUGGCAAGCAAGGGGGCACAUGGAUGGCUAUGAUUUACCCAACACACAUCACACAUGGAUGGAUUAGAUUUAGCCACCCUACCCCUAAACCCUACAAUUCUAGCUAUAAAUACCCCCACCCCCUUUACUUGUAAUCACCAUAUUUUUAACCUAGUCUUUUCCUAGUUGGUAGGUAGUAUAGUGCUAGAUCUUCUUUUGUUCUCUCAAUUUCAUACCAUAUUUGUAAACACUUUUCAUUUUAGUGCAAAUUUCUUUUAGCUUGAUAUUGUAUUGUCUUUUUAAUUUAUUUUCUCCAAGUUGUAUGAUUCUUCUAAGUACCACCACAUGCUUUUAAGCUUUUGGGAAAUGAAGAGUCAUUGAGCUUAUGAUUUGUAUAGAUUUGUGAUCUUUUGAAAUAGUAAACUAAGUCCUAGCACAAAAUCAAUUUGUGUUAGGGUUUGGAUUUAAAACCCCAAAUUUUCUUAUUCUUGCUUUUAUUGUUUAAAUCGCUAAGUAGUAAUUUUAAGAAUAUUAAAAAUUAACUUUAAAACACUCGAUUACGCAGCUCGAUUUACUCUGUUUCUGUUUAGUUUAAAAUUACAUCCCCUGUUUUCGUUUAAAACACAACGAACCCAGUUUCUUUUCUUUUCUUUAAUUUCAGUUUAAAACCUCAAAACCCUUAUCUUGUUGUUUCGUUAAUUGCUGAGUUGUAUGAUUUCUGAGUUAUGUUCAUAUAAAUCUGGUUUCAUGGGUAUUCCGAUUUCCGAGUUCACCGAUUUGCUUUGUUUGUGUUGAUUUGAGUUGACUCGCCGUAUAGUCCUGGGUUUUGUAACCGAGUCGCCAUUGUUGAGUCCUGAGUAGCCCCUGUUUCGAGUUUGUUUUACUAUGUUUUCAUCGAGUCGUCGUUUUGGUUCGAGUAGCUGAGUUACAGAGUCGUUUUCUUUGCUGAGUCCCGAGUCUAGUACGAGUCUGCAUCGCGUCCAGUGUUGUUACUAAGUCGAGCAUCUGGUCUGGUCAUUAGUUCGUUUAUCGCAGCUGAGUUUUAUGUUUUAUGUCGAGGUUAACAGCUGAGUCGAAACCUCGCCAAGUUCGUGUUAAUCGAGUCUUCGAGUUCUCUGUUUUCCGAGUCAUAGUCUGAGAAACUCUGCUGCGAUUUUGAGUCCUGUUUGUUUUAGUUUGAAUCGCUGAGUCUUGAUUCCGAGUCUAUAAACUGAGUUAUGUGUAUACUUUGUUUUCGAUUUGUGGAGUAUAAGUUUGGGAGUGUUGCUGCGUGUUUAUUCGAGUGCUUUUUCCUGUUUACAACCUUGUUUUCUGCUGUGCUGCGUUUUCGUUUGUUGUUGGUUUGAACCUUGGCUGAGUGCUGAGUUUGUUCUUUAGUUUGAGGCGCUACUGAGUCAGUUUCUGAGUCGGGUUCUUCUCUAAGUAUUCUGCUGCGAUUUGCGCCAAGUUCAGGGGUUUAGUCUCCGAUUUUGGCCUGCCUUUUGUUCUUUUCAUUGCUUUGUACUGUUGGGUCGCCAAGUCUGAUAUUUUUGCCGUUUGUUUUAGUUUAGUCGCGAGUCUGUAUUGAUGCUUGAUGUAAUGAGUUUACUGCUAGUGUAGUUAAUUGUUUUUUUUUGUUUACAGUCCACCACCGAGCACUAUCUUUGUAGCACUGGCCUUUGAGUAGUAAAAGAAAAUAAUGAAGUUUAGUUUUAUUUUUGCUGCGUUGAAAAUUCUGUGUCACUUAGUUAGUUGAAAAUGACAUGUGAGUUUGUUUAUUUACUGAGACAUGUGACUUUGGUUUUGGUUUAGAUUCUUUUAAUUGUUUUCUGGUUUUGUUUUGUUUUUAGUUAAUUUUUCAUGUGCCCGAUAAGUUUUAUAGUUAGAUUUUUCAUAAGUAAUAAUUAAUUAGUUAAAGAUUUGGCCAGUGAUUUAAUUAGUUAAUCGGAAAGUUUUAGAUAUUAUUUUGAAACCAAAUUUCACAAAAUUAAUUGUUCUAAUUCGCCUAGGUUAAGAAUUUAGGUUGCGAAAAUAAUUUUAAUCUCUGUGGAUCGAAUCAUAAAUAUUAAAACGGUGAUCGUGCGCUUGCGAUUUAAAAGUAUUAUUUCUAGCACAUCAAGUUUUUGGCGCCGCUGCCGGGGAUUAAAAUUAAUUUUUCGCACCUUUAUUUUUAAUCUUUCGGAUUAGUUUCUUUCUCACUUUUUGUUCUUUAUUUCGAGGAGGAAUAUUCGGGAAUUAUGGAGUAAAGUGGACAAAUUUUGCUCGGAUUUGGAAGCUUGCUUUGGUAUCCCGUAUCUCUCCACUCUUAUUUUUCGUUUUUAUUUAGAAAAUCACAAACAAAUCUGAAUAUUGAAAAAGCACACAAACAAAUUAUAAAUUUAAAAUCCAAAAAUAGUAGUUAGAAUUAAAUAUGUGUUGCAUCAUGCAUUUUAACACUUAGGGCACAUCAUUUAGAUUUUAAUUUUUGUUUUUAAAUUUUCGUACCUUUAAUUGUGGUGAUCGCUGGAGGACCCUAAGGUACGUUAAUUUCUUUCUUUCUCUAGAUUAGGACACGUAGUUUAAAUCAUCCAUAUUUGUUUACCGCUUUUAUUAUCUCGUUGUGUGGUGCAUCAUUUUAAAUAAAUCUUAAGGGCAAAACCCACUCAUAAGAUAAGGGAAGAGAUUUCAUCACUCUUUCCUUUGCCCACAACGAUUUAAUUUCUUCAUUUUGCAUUCCCUAGCCUUUUAAUAAAAUGAAUUAGACGUUAGCCCCUAGGAUUUCGCGCUCAACUAGGAAGGUACCUAAAAGACGAGGUAAUCUUUAAUUAUUCCGACUUUUCGGUGUCUAAGGCAAGCGAAAGCUUACCUGGCCGAUUAAGGUUUGGUGUCUAAGCGCGGAGAUUGGCCUCUUGGCAAUGCCUGCUCCAAACUGGCCAGACCGGUCCGAAUAAUUUUGGAUUUAUCAAGUUUUUGGUGGUCCUUAACGUUAGGAGCAAGGUCUAGUUCAUUUUAUUAGGGAACCCUAGAGUUAGGUUUUUCUUUCACUUUUACACCCUUUAUUUUGUUUGUUUUACAUUCUCGCACUUAUUUGCUACGUGUUUACUAUCUAGUUUAUGCGAACUACUUGGGUUAGGAACGAAUCGUCUAGAUUAGUAAGACCUAUAAUCGAGAUUCCCUCGUCCUCUUCGGAUUCCGAAACCCUAGAAGUUCUCGAACCGAUAGUAAACAUGGCCCUUUCACUCAAGGAUCGUUGUUAUCCAUCUCGUUCAAGUCAACCUUCGUGCAUCACCCUUCCUCCCGUAAAUGGGAACAAUUUUGAAAUCAAAGCUCACCACAUUAGCAUGUUACCUAAAUUUACCGGGAGUGAGGGUGAGGAUCCUUAUCUUUUUAUUCAAGAGUUCGAGGAAGUUUGUUCCCUCCAAAAGCUCCACCAAUUAACGGAAGAUUCGAUUAGACUUAGGCUCAUUAAUUUUGCUCUUAAGGAGAAUGCGAAAAAAUGGUUAUAUAGUCUUCCCGUUAAUUCUAUUUCCACAUGGGAGGGGUUCGUUGUGGUGUUUCUUAAAAAGUAUUUUCCAAAUCAUAAGACUACUCGAAUUACAAAUGAAAUAAAUCAAUUUCAUCAAAAGGAAAACGAGUCUUUUUGGAUUUUCUUUGACCGCUUCAAAAAUCUUCUUUUACAAUGCCCCCACCACGGAAUAGAAAAAAGGAGACUUUGCAAGAUAAUUUACGAGGCCUUAGAUAGUCAAACCACUGCGUUAUUAGAGUCUAUGUGCCAAGGUAAAUUCAUGGAAAAAGAUGAGGACCAAGGGUGGGAAUUUUUUGAGGAUUUAGCGGAAAAGACAAUGAUGUGGGAGUCAACUAGGGAACCCAAAAAGUCAAUUCAGUCGUCUAGUGCUAGUGGUUUGCAUUCGAUAGGAAACAAUGUGGCAACCGAUGCCAAAUUAGCUACCCUAACUAGGAGACUUGAAGCUUUAGAAACUAGUAAACCUCCCACACAAAUGUCGACGCACCCUUGUUACAAUUUUCAAAAUCCCGCAACCCAACCUUCGCACGAACUUGAACAAGUAAAUGCGAUGUUUCAAAAUCCUAGGAAUGAUGCGUUUGCACCCACUUAUAAUCCCGGGUGGAGAAAUCACCCAAAUUUCUCAUGGACCCAAGGUCAAAAUUGUCAAGUUCCUCAACCCAAUUUUCAAAUGAAUCAAGGGCCAAAUUCUUUUCCAACUCCUCAACCAAAUUUUCAACAAAGGCCCAACCCAAACUCUUACCCAAAUCAAGGUCCAAAUUCAUGUCAUAACCCAAUUCAAACUCCUUUGAAUCCUCCCGGUUUCAAUGAUUCGGAUAAACGCCUCAAUUCCUUAGAAAAGAGUUUGGAAGCCUUAGUGAAAUCGCAAACUAAUUUGACUCAAUCACAACAAACUUUCAUGACAACUUUAACCCAAGAUAGGCAACUUUUGCAUUCUAAUGUGCAAGCCGUAUCUAAGUUAGAGGCCCAAUUGAGUCAAUUAGCUAGCGCAUUAUGUGAGCGAGAAAAGAACAAGUUGCCGAGUCAACCCGAGGUAAAUCCUAAGUUUCCUCUCAAUCAAAGACCUCCCGAGAAUGUUAAUGCGAUUAUCUCUCUAAGGUCGGGAAACCAAGUGGAUAACAAAGUUGGUGAGAACGUGAAUAAAAAUGAGGAGUCGAUUCCUGAACCAAAUCCUUCUUUGUCUAGCACUAUUUAUGACAAACCCGAAUGUUCUAGAAUCCGUGAGUCUAUGAGUGAACCUAGUCCGGGGCCCAUUUCUCAAAGGCCCAACGAAGAAGUUUACAAGCCAAAGGUUCCUUACCCACAAAGACUCAUUCGCCCUAAACAAUCGGCCCAAAUGGAACAAAUCUUAGAGGUUUUCAAACAAGUCAAGAUUAACAUUCCUCUUUUAGAUGCCAUUCAACAAGUUCCCUCUUAUGCUAAGUGUCUAAAAGAUUUGUGUACCCAUAAGAGAACCACUCGUGUUCCAAAGAAAGCCUUUUUGACCUCUCAAGUUAGCUCGAUUCUCUCGAAUCAAAUUCCCGUGAAAUAUAAGGACCCCGGUUGUCCUACAAUUUCUUGUGUCAUAGGCAAUACUUUCGUGGAUAAGGCUUUACUUGAUUUAGGAGCGAGUGUGAAUCUUCUUCCUUUCUCAGUCUACCAAGCCCUAGGUUUAGGGGAUCUCAAGACCACCAAUAUGACCCUUCAACUUGCCGAUCGUUCUAUUAAAAUGCCGAAGGGAAUUAUUGAGGAUGUGUUGAUAAAAAUCGGUGAUUUUAUCUUUCCCGUUGACUUUGUUGUUCUCGAGACUCAACCCGUCUCGAAUCCGAAGAACCAAAUUCCUAUCAUUUUAGGACGACCUUUUCUUGCUACAUCCAAUGCCUUAAUUAAUUGUAGGAAUGGUUCAAUGAAGCUCACUUUUGGAAACAUGACCAUAGACUUAAACAUUUUCAAUGUAGGAAAAGAACCCAAUGAGCUUUAUGAGCAACCUAUAGGGGUCAAUGUGGUCAACAAGUUUGUCACAUGGUCUAGCUUUGAGGAUAGUGAGAUUGAGUCUCUUCUCAACGAGGAUUUCAAAGUCAACAACGAGAAGAAUAGAGAAUAUCACGAGUCUUUGAGAGAGUUGACCUCGGAGGAGAUGUUAGGAGAAUUGAACGACAUUUGUUCAAAAUGGGAAACUCCACCCGAGAUGGUUAGUGUUGACCCUAGGCCCGAUUUUGAGAGUCAUGUAGGUGAACCACCGACAUUUGACUCGUUGUUCCAUCCUUCACAUAGUGCCUUAGGAAAAGAUGACACUAUUUCUUACAUCGUUCCUACUGAUUUAUCCUAUGACCAAAAUUGCAUAGUCUCUAAUUUGCUUGAUAAUAAAGAAGCAUUAAGUUGGUUUAGGGAGAACAUUAGUGAUACUUGUCAUAUAGGGUUAAACGAUUGUCACAUGCUAGAGAAAGUCUUUGUGCCUAAAAAUUUUCAUACACAUUUUGACUCUUUCUCGAAGCUUCCUCCCAUAUUUCCUUCCGGAAUUGGCUGAAGUGGUUCCUUCUUAGAACCUUCCCUCGUGAAGUUCAGGUAUGGGGAAGGAACUGUGUGCGUGUGUGGGUUGUUUAAGUGUUUCGUUCGUUAAUAAAAAUCCCCUUCAUAUCCAUUUCAGGUAUUUUUCUCUUUACACACUCAUUUCAAUUCUCUCUUUUGCAUACAUUGAGGACAAUGCAUGAUUUAGGUAUGGGGAGGGCUUUAGUGUAAUUCUUAAAAAAAAAUAAUAAAAUGAAAAACCCUAAAAAAUGAAAAAUUAGAAAAAUCCAAAAAUAGAGAUGUUUUAGCUAAGUUGUCUUUCCCUCACUCAAAUUUUAGGAGUAGUCGGUGUUUACAUGUUUUCGAAAAGUAUAUAUAUGUAGUGUCUUUUAGAUAAUUUGAACGUAGUUGAGUAAGGUUGUCUUUUUGAAGCUUGUAUCGACCUAUUUGUACUCUAAGCACACACAUUUGCACAAGACCUUUGAUGGAGAGAUUGUCUAGUGAUAUUAUUCGAUACCUGAGAGAGAACCCACAUGUUGAAACAAUGUCGAAUCGAGCCUUUGCGAAGAAAAAAAAAAGAAAAGAAAAAAAGAGAUAGAAAAAGAAAAAAAAGAGAGAAGGAAUAACUACUUCAAUACCCAUUGUUCUUUAUAGAUAAAAUCUUUAGAUAAAUGGGCAAAAGUAGAUUGGCUAGUCUCGUUUUGUGGCCUUUGUUAUUCGAGCAAUUAAGUCCGUCGGGGGAUUUCAAAACCUAGUGCCUUAAGACCGUUUGGUUUGGGAGUCACUGACCCAAAGCUCGCUACAUGGGUAACAUUGUUUGCCUAAGAAAACGGACAAAAUAAAGUCAAUGCAAAAACAAAAAAAAGAAGAAAAAAAAAAGAAAAAAAGAAGAAGAAUAAGAGUUUGUGAAGUUUGGCUAGAUAUUUGUUUCGAUAGAGAUUGGGUCAGUUCAAAAUUGGUUGAAAAAGAGAAAAUGUUCUUAGACAAUUAGGAUCCAUCAAAGGCCUUAAAUUACUUACACUCCUUGGAUUUCUAGUAAAUUUUUGAGUCGAUUUCAAGUAGAUUAGAGGCAAUUGUAUCUUGAUUAUUAGUAAAAGAGUCUUUGAGUUGUAUUUUCCUUAGAAACGCUUUCAGUUAACACCAACGAAAUUAGAGUAGAGUCGAGUAGACACUUGCUAGAAUGUCUCGAAGAUUUUAUGGGUACAUCUUCUGUAAACCCUUAGGAGACAAAACUCCUCUUGUAGAGAUCGUCUACGAGUUUAACGGGUUGGUGAACCUAAAAUCACCCGUCACGCCUACGAAAAGGAGCCUAGGAAUCGCAUCUAGUUUUCUUAGUUUAUUUUCUUUUCUUUUGAUUUUUACUCGAGGACGAGCAAAAGAUAGGUAUGGGGAAGUUUGAUUAGUCCAUAUUUUUGCAUAUUUAAGUGCCUAUUUUUUGUUUAUUUUCGUAGUAUUAAUCGCUUAUUUAUUUUAUUUCAGGAAAUUGUAGAUAAAUAAAGAAAAAAGAGAAAAUGCAAGAAAAAGAAGAAAAAGAAAAGAAAAAAGAAGAAAAUCAAAGAGAGUUGGCAAGCAAGGGGGCACAUGGAUGGCUAUGAUUUACCCAACACACAUCACACAUGGAUGGAUUAGAUUUAGACACCCUACCCCUAAACCCUACAAUUCUAGCUAUAAAUACCCCCACCCCCUUUACUUGUAAUCACCAUAUUUUUAACCUAGUCUUUUCCUAGUUGGUAGGUAGUAUAGUGCUAGAUCUUCUUUUGUUCUCUCAAUUUCAUACCAUAUUUGUAAGCACUUUUCAUUUUAGUGCAAAUUUCUUUUAGCUUGAUCUUGUAUUGUCUUUUUAAUUUAUUUUCUCCAAGUUGUAUGAUUCUUCUAAGUACCACCACAUGCUUUUAAGCUUUUGGGAAAUGAAGAGUCAUUGAGCUUAUGAUUUGUAUAGAUUUGUGAUCUUUUGAAAUAGUAAACUAAGUCCUAGCACAAAAUCAAUUUGUGUUAGGGUUUGGAUUUAAAACCCCAAAUUUUCUUAUUCUUGCUUUUAUUGUUUAAAUCGCUAAGUAGUAAUUUUCAGAAUAUUAAAAAUUAACUUUAAAACCCUCGAUUACGCAGCUCGAUUUACUCUGUUUCUGUUUAGUUUAAAAUUACAUCCCCUGUUUUCGUUUAAAACACAACGAACCCAGUUUCUUUUCUUUUCUUUAAUUUCAGUUUAAAACCUCAAAACCCUUAUCUUGUUGUUUCGUUAAUUGCUGAGUUGUAUGAUUUCUGAGUUAUGUUCAUAUAAAUCUGGUUUCAUGGGUAUUCCGAGUUCACCGAUUUGCUUUGUUUGUGUUGAUUUGAGUUGACUCGCCGUAUAGUCCUGGGUUUUGUAACCGAGUCGCCAUUGUUGAGUCCUGAGUAGCCCCUGUUUCGAGUUUGUUUUACUAUGUUUUCAUCGAGUCGUCGUUUUGGUUCGAGUAGCUGAGUUACAGAGUCGUUUUCUUUGCUGAGUCCCGAGUCUAGUACGAGUCUGCAUCGCGUCCAGUGUUGUUACUAAGUCGAGCAUCUGGUCUGGUCAUUAGUUCGUUUAUCGCAGCUGAGUUUUAUGUUUUAUGUCGAGGUUAACAGCUGAGUCGAAACCUCGCCAAGUUCGUGUUAAUCGAGUCUUCGAGUUCUCUGUUUUCCGAGUCAUAGUCUGAGAAACUCUGCUGCGAUUUUGAGUCCUGUUUGUUUUAGUUUGAAUCGCUGAGUCUUGAUUCCGAGUCUAUAAACUGAGUUAUGUGUAUACUUUGUUUUCGAUUUGUGGAGUAUAAGUUUGGGAGUGUUGCUGCGUGUUUAUUCGAGUGCUUUUUCCUGUUUACAACCUUGUUUUCUGCUGUGCUGCGUUUUCGUUUGUUGUUGGUUUGAACCUUGGCUGAGUGCUGAGUUUGUUCUUUAGUUUGAGGCGCUACUGAGUCAGUUUCUGAGUCGGGUUCUUCUCUAAGUAUUCUGCUGCGAUUUGCGCCAAGUUCAGGGGUUUAGUCUCCGAUUUUGGCCUGCCUUUUGUUCUUUUCAUUGCUUUGUACUGUUGGGUCGCCAAGUCUGAUAUUUUUGCCGUUUGUUUUAGUUUAGUCGCGAGUCUGUAUUGAUGCUUGAUGUAAUGAGUUUACUGCUAGUGUAGUUAAUUGUUUUUUUUUGUUUACAGUCCACCACCGAGCACUAUCUUUGUAGCACUGGCCUUUGAGUAGUAAAAGAAAAUAAUGAAGUUUAGUUUUAUUUUUGCUGCGUUGAAAAUUCUGUGUCACUUAGUUAGUUGAAAAUGACAUGUGAGUUUGUUUAUUUACUGAGACAUGUGACUUUGGUUUUGGUUUAGAUUCUUUUAAUUGUUUUCUGGUUUUGUUUUGUUUUUAGUUAAUUUUUCAUGUGCCCGAUAAGUUUUAUAGUUAGAUUUUUCAUAAGUAAUAAUUAAUUAGUUAAAGAUUUGGCCAGUGAUUUAAUUAGUUAAUCGGAAAGUUUUAGAUAUUAUUUUGAAACCAAAUUUCACAAAAUUAAUUGUUCUAAUUCGCCUAGGUUAAGAAUUUAGGUUGCGAAAAUAAUUUUAAUCUCUGUGGAUCGAAUCAUAAAUAUUAAAACGGUGAUCGUGCGCUUGCGAUUUAAAAGUAUUAUUUCUAGCACAUCAAAUAUAUAUCACUUGCUAACAAUAAAUCUCAAUUGGUCUAUUUAGGGCAUCUUCAACUGGGUUAACUAAAAUUAGAAUCACAAAACUAUGCAAAAUUUGUUGAAUUAGUAAGACAUUGUGCUAUAAUAGGUCAACAUCUAUACUAUCUAUACUAUACUAUAAAAAGGCAACAUGGGUAUAAUUUGUCGUCGUACAAAAUUUUGGUUUGGUCAUGUUGGUUUGGUGAUUCACUUUAUAACUAAAAGUCUCCUACACGUAGAGUUCUCAUAAUCAUACAUCUCCAAACAGUUUGAUAUACUACAAGAUAAAAACUCCACCAUUGUUCUUUUAAAUAUAAUUUAUAAUUAGUUAAAAAAUAAAAAAAAGUAAAUUUACUAUCAUUAAUAUAUAUUACUAUUAUAUAAUAAUUAUUAAUAGAUGCAUAACUUAUAAAUACAUUUGUUCUAAUGUCUUCUACUCCAAAAUAAUAAUAUAUUUUUUAAUAAACAUAUAAAAUGAAAAAAUGAAAAUAAAUUUUAUAAUUAGUUAAAAAAAGGAAAAAACUAUACACCCCCGUGCCUCACACGGGUUCAAGUUUAUAACACAAAAAGUCCAUUUUUUUUCUUUUAAAUAUAAUUUAUGAUUGUUUAAAAAAAGGAAAUAAGACUAAUAUCAAUAACAUAUAGAAAUUAAAACUACCAUUAAUAACAUAAAUUAAUAUUCAAAAAUACUUAUAAAUAAAUAUAUAACUUAUAAAGACAAAUGAAAAGUCAUAUAAAAAUUUAUAUAAAUAAACGUGAAUGUUUUCAAAUCCAAAACAAAACCUUAUCAGAUAUUAAUAAUAGAAAAUAUAAUAAAAAUAUUGCAAAAGCUCAAUUUUAAAGUAUCAAUUUAUUAAUAGUAAAACACUAAUAAAAUGAUGUUAAAAUUAAAUUAUAUAAUAAUAAAUUUAAAAUUAUAUAACCGCACGUGGUUUGCACGGGUUCAAGGCUAGUAAGUAUAAUUUGUAGACCUACUUUUUGCUAAUCUUUUUUUGCUUUGGUCAUUUUUUUUAUUAAUGCUAAACUAAUACUAAAGAUAGUCUCCUAUAAAAAUUCUCCUUCUUGGUAGAUAUUGGUUUUACAAAUGAAAACAAAUACUACAGCUUUCGUAACGGACACUCACCUACGUCCCCUCGGUUGGCGAUGUUGCAGCCGACCCUAAAAACAGAGCUAUAGCAGAGAAAAAAGUUUCUCAAAAAGCAGAUAGUGGAGAUCUCAGGUACCCAAUCUGCUGUAUUAUGGGUCAUGUCGAUGCUGGAAAGACCAAGCUGCUUGAUUGUAUCCGUGGAACUAAUGUUCAGGAAAAUGAAGCCGGAGGAAUUACUCAACAAAUUGGUGCAACAUAUUUUCUGGCAGAAAAGUUGAAGGAUAGGACCAGGGAACUGAAACCUGAUGCAAAACUGAAAGUCCCAGGCUUAUUGAUUAUUGAUACCCUUGGUCAUGAAUCGUUCAUAAAUUUGCACUCUCGGGGAUCUGGGUUAUGUGAUAUUGCAAUUUUAGUUGUGGACGUAAUGGAUGGAGUAAAACCACAAACAGUAGAAUCACUCACACUGUUGAAAAUGUGGAAGACAUCGUUCAUUGUUGCUUCAAACAAGGUGGAUAAAUUGUAUGGAUGAAAAACUUGUCAAAAUGCAGCAUUUGUGAAGGCAAAGAAUCAACAGUGUAAAGAUGAGAUUGAAUUUAAUCGGAGGCUUACUGAGGAACAAGGAUGGAAUAGCGACCUGUACUAUAAAAUUAAGAACAAUGAUAUGGGAGAGGCUAUCAGUAUUGUACCUAGAAGUGCAAUGAGGGCAUCCCGGAUAUGCUACUAUUAUUAGUGAAAUAGUGUUUGAAGACCAUGAUUGAUAAACUUACGUACAGCGAAAAAUUGCAGUGUAGGCUUUUAGAGGUUAAGGUCAACGAUGAUGACAAGACUACAAUUGAUGUGGUGUUGGUUAAUGGCAUGCUUCAUGAAGGUGAUUAGAUAGUUGUCCAUGGUAUGCAGAGACCGAUUGUGACGACAAUAAGAGCAUUAUCUACUCCCCAUCCAAUGAAGGAACUACGUGUUAAGUGAAGCCAAAGGAUGUUGUAUCCGUAUUAAUAGAGAGGGACUGUGAACUAGAGUUUGAGAAACCACUGGAUUUUAAAGAGGAUGAAAUAGUCAAGGCAGGGGAUGAAGUCAAAGAACUUGGAGACGCGGCAAACUUGGAAAAUGAUACAGUUUUCAGACCUAUUAUCGGUGUUUGUAUGAGAUUGGAUGGACAAGUAUAUGCAGAAAACUGCUCGGCAGCUAAGAUGAAGGUGAAAACAGAGUAUAUUUGAAGAAAGAGAAGCCAAAAGACGACAUUGAAGAGAAAAAGUUUCAUCCAUUCAGCGGGAUGAAGUACACACAAUCAUGUUGCUCAUGAUGUAAGAAAAAGACCGCUAAACAAGAAGGAAAUUCCUGCAAAGAGAAAGACAUUGUGAUUGUGGAGGAUAAUGCAUUGACUGUUCAUGAAACCAUGCUUAAGGUGGAUUUGACUACUUAUGUUGAGAAGCAUGAAUUCUGCUUUGAUUCUGUUUUGGAACAAGUAACCAAUGAUGAGGUCACGAGUUGAGGUGAUGAAGUGAUUUUCUAUCAUUUUAGGUUGUUUUUGGUGCAUUAUUUGCAAGAAUAGAGAAUUGUGGAUUCAUCGCGACUUGGGAUUUUGUGGGUACAUCUUCUACAAACCCUCACGAGAACACACUCGUCCACUAGAGCUAUCUAGGGGUUUAAAGGGCUUGUUGCAUGUGCUAAAUGCAACCGUGAUCACCUACGGAAGUGGUACUAGAGCGAGGAAGGACAUGCACGCGAGAACGAGCUGAAAACGAAGAAACGGACUGCCAGUGGCAGACACUAGCGCGCCCGCGCUAGUGCCUAGCGCGCCCGCGCUACCUCACAGUCCACUAGCGCGCCUGCGCUAGUUUAGCGCGGCUGCGCCCAGCAGAAGUGUUCCGGGCCGAUUUUUACAGCUUUUCUGACGGAUUUUAGCAGCGGUCGAGGCCCGGUUGACUUGGUCAAUUUAUUUUAAUUUCUCAUGUGUAAAACCCUAGCCUCCAAGUAGUUUUAGUAGAGACAACAAUAUCAUAGUUAGUUUAAUUUUUCAAGCACAUUAUCAGUUUUGUAGUAGAUCGUUCUUCGCGAGGAAGUGACAGUUUCGAGCGAGAUCGUGAACAUCAAUUCUGUAACGUUGUGACCUUUAUUAUUAAUUCAAGCAUUUUUAUUCCAUAUUAA